UUAAGUUCUUCGGGUUCAAGUUCCAGCCUUGAUCUGCGUGUUACAUGGAGGACCCCCACAUCCUAGAGCCUUUCAUCCCCGCCACCACCACCGCCGCCGCCACUGCCACUCCGACGACCGCCAUCGAUACCUCGUCGAGCUCUCCAAUCAUAUCCCGCCUGCUUUUACUCUUCUUUAUUGGACUUCUCUCUAUAUGGGCAAACUAUGAAGCCUCCAAAGGUUUCGAGGUCAACGUCAUCAACGAAGCUGACGAUACUCCCGCAGGCCGUCGGUUCGCACUCUUCUUCGUCUCGAACGACAAGAUAACUCGAAUUGUCCUUAACACAAGUCAAUUCGCCGAGAAGAUUCUGUAUCCCGACGACAGCUUCCCCAAGAAGCCGGUUAACCGUGUUGUCAUCCGGUUCUCCAGUCGGAAAAUGAGUCACCCAGUCGUCGUCGAGUCUAAGGAGAAGGACGAGUUCGUUCUUCAUAUUAGCCCGUCUGUAAUGGAGGAUGAAAAGGUCGAGAAGGCGAUGGUGUCGGCAGUUCAACGUGGAAUGGCUCGUCUUUGGAUUUGGGGUGGAGAGAAGGGUGCACCGACGUCCCUUCUAGAUGGCAUGGUCGAGUAUAUCAGCAUCUCUGCGGGGUUCCCCCACUUGCCGGAUUCCGGCAACGGCUUACGGUUGCCGGAGUCGAACUCUACUUGUUGGGAUGAUAAGGAUAGUACUGCCGUGGCAAACUUCUUGAAUUAUUGUGAGGGAAUCAGGAAUGGGUUCAUCGGACGGCUAAACCAAGCCAUGCAGGACCCAUGGCACAAUCGAACGAUGGAUGAUGCAUUGGGGUUGCCAGCUCAGACACUUUGUUCAUCGUAUUAUUCGAGUUCGACGGUUAAGAUUUCGAAGACAGUGGGUCCCAUGUCAUUGCCACCAUUGAGACAAGUCAGCUGAGUUGACACGUUGCUAAGUUGCUUCACUAUCACAACCAGCACCGCCAAUGAUGUGGCUGUUUUGUACAAUCCCUGGGCCAGAUUGAUCCAAGCGCAAGAGUUGGACUGGUUAAUUUGGUUAAGGAUGUGGGCCCUCAGUAAAGGAUAAGGUUGGACGAUCACAAUAUCUGGCUGGGGAUGGAUGAUGAUGAUGAUGAGCGGCUGAUGUAAUGUAGCACUACAAAUUUCAUUUGUCAAUGAUUUAUCAUUUAUAAGUAAGUUUGUAUUUAUCUCCAUCCAAUACCAAGUAAUAAGUAAUAAGUAAUAAGAAAGAGUGUGUUAUAUGUGGGCCCCGGGGCAUUUGGGAUCUAUGGCCCAUACGUCGCCAUUCUGAAUAUAAGGAUGAUCAGCAUCCACAUUGUAUAGGUCCCACCUAAGAAUGUGUAGUAGCUUUUUUCAAUCAUCUUUUAUUCUAAUCAUGUGGAAACCGAUGUUUCAAUCUCA